AUGGCGAGCCUUUCGCCAACGUCACCUCCUCAUCUCUCCAGAUCCCCAGAAGCCUCAUCGGCCGGCAGCAGCAAAUCACACCGCGCCGUCAAAACCGAACAUUCACCAUCCGAGGCUCCUCCCGCCGCUCCCAAACGAGCGCCUCUUCCCUCCCAGCCAAAAUCGGCGGCCGCGCCACAGGCCCCAUUUGUGCGCAUCUCACUGCCGCCCGUCAACAAAAUGUCCAUGACGGCCGUCAUCAGCCCGAGCCCGCCCACGGAGCAGCCGCAGCCAAAGAUGUCCAUGACAUCCAAGGAAUGGGUGAUUCCGCCGCGGCCCAAGCCGGGGAGGAAGCCGGCCACUGACACUCCGCCAACAAAGCGCAAGGCGCAGAACCGAGCAGCCCAGAGGGCGUUCCGCGAGAGGCGGGCGGCGCGGGUUGGCGAGCUUGAGGAGAUGCUGGAUGAGCACAAGAAAGCACAAGACACGCGGGAGAAGGAGCUAACGGACCAAAUCCGCAACCUGGAGCUGGACGUGCAGUCGUUUAGGUCCAGAUGCCUGCUGCUGGAGAGCAUGCUGGAGCGGGAGCGCCAGGAACGCAUCCGUGCCGAGAUGCAGGCAGAGACGCUCAGCCGCAGAUAUGAGCAGGCCAACCUCCGGUCAGAGAGCCUGGGCUCGCUUCCGCCGCCCUACGGUCGGCAGCAGCAGCAACACCAGCACCACCCCCAGCAAAGGCACAGUCUGUCGGACAGUCGAAUGGCUCAGCAGCAGAACACGACGCGGCACUUCUCCAUCUCCCAGAUCGUCACGCCGCCUGAGAUGGUAGACAUGCAGUCUCCUCACGACAUAUCCGAACCACAUCUUACCUGCGGUAGCUGCUCGCCAGAUGGACGCUGUGCCUGCGCCGAGGAAGUCCUCGCAUCCGUAGUCAGUGGAUGCGGCAAGUGUGGAUUCGGAACAGCCUGCCAGUGCCUGGACGACAGCGUCAAGGUGACGGGCCAAGGCCCCGAGUUGAAGCGCCCUUUGUCGCCAUCGGGAGGAGCAUCUCAAGAAAAGCGCCAGCGGCCAAUGGCAGCAGCCAGCACCGAAACAGACUUCACCUCCCUAUUCUCGCGGACGACGCAGCAGCCGUCGCUACCUCAGCCGAGCUCCAUCAUCUCGCAGCUCCCAUCAGCAGACUCCCUCCCAUUCAGAGAUAGUUGCGGGUUCUGCAAGGACGGAACGUAUUGCGUAUGUGCCGACGCCGCCAUGGCCACUCCCGCCAUGACACCGGCGGACUCCUCACCUCCAGUGACGAGACAAACCAGGACACCCCCUCCCCUGGAGUCUGACGUCGUCACGCCAUUGCCGCCCAUGGCCAUGGAGAUGACGGCUGACGGAGCAGUCAAGCUUCCGCGCCGCAAGCCAGCGCGCUCCCAACCGCAGCCGCAGGCAGACAGCACGGCCGCCCGUGGGAGCUGCGGCCCCAAUGGGCCGGGCACAUGCGCCCAGUGCCAGGCAGACCCCAAGUCGGGCCUCUUCUGCAGACUCAUGGUGGCCAGCUUCAACCGCGAGCAGGGCGGCGCCAGCGCAGGCGGGGGUUGCUGCGGCGGCAAGGGCCCCGGCGGCGGCUGUUGCAAGUCGAAGCCCAGCCAGGAGAAGAUUACGCUGCCCAGCCUGCCCAGCCUCGGCUUGAGCUGCGCCGACGCGUACCAGACGCUGUCCAGUCACAGCAACUUUGAGCAGGCGGCCGACGAGAUUGGGUCCUGGCUGCCGAAGCUCAAGGCCCAUCCGACGAGCGACCCGCGAGCAGCGCAGGCGGGCAGGAUACCGAUUGAGGUGGAGGCGGCGAGCAUCAUGAGCGUGCUGAAGGAGUUUGAUGUCCGCUUUGGGAGGGAGUGCUAA